GGCGCAAACGGCACGGUCGGGCGCAACAGCGGGCGAGCCGUCUCAGCCAACGCAGUGUUGGCGCCCAGCCACGACAGGAGCCCGGCGACCGGCCGAGCGGCAGUGCCGAGGGCAGUGCAGGCAGCCACCCCGUCUAGCCCUACUUGAACCACCCCCAUGUGACGCAGCACGCGAAGCAAGCCGAGGUGCUGUCCCCCAGUGACGUGUCCAGUGUCCAGUGCAGUGCCGACGGCGCCGACGUGCGUGCGACUGUGCGACCCCCCGAGUGCCACUCGGAGUGCCACGAUAAUGGGUGUGCUGGUGGGCGAGGCCCCCAAGUCGUUCGCGCUGCUGUCCGCCUCCGCCUCCGCCAGGGCCAAGGAGGACCUGGGCGCGAUGGUGGGCCGCGGCCGCUUCCACGACGAGGACGAGGAUGACGAGGACGAGGAGCGGCGGCGUUACGCGGCCCGGCCUGACGGGCCUGACGGGCCGGACGCCGUCGGCGCGCAGCCGGACAAGGGCGAGCUGCACUGGGCGCCGCCGCCGCCGCGUCCCAAGAAGACCUGGAUCAGGCACUUCUUCGCCAAUGAAGAAACCCCACCGUCGCACGAGGAGUUUCCGUCGUCCUUCUGCUCCGCCGAGCCGGUGCCGCUGCUGAAUGGACGCUUCCCCGUGGCCCCCGGCCCACACCCCGUCGUCGUCCAGGCCUCGCUCCCCUACUCCCUCCCCCACUCCCUCCCGUACUCGCAGCCCCACUCCCCGGCACCCCACCCCACCGCCGCGCCUAGCCCCCCGCAGCAUCCCCCUGCCAGCACUACCCCCAACCCGGUAGCUCCCAUCGCCCUCACGGUCCACCACCCCGUCGUCAGACCCGCCCCUGCCCCAGCCGCCCCCCAGGGCUCGCCGCCGCCCCCGCACCAGUUCUCCCCGCAACCCGCCACCCCCGCCCCUACCCCUGUGGCCAUCCCAGCACCGGACAGCCCGAGCAACGGCAGCCAAGAUGACGACGGUCUUGGCCAGGAGUCGAGGAGAAGAACUGGGUCCGGGACCCGGGAGGUGCACAACAAGCUGGAGAAGAACCGGCGGGCGCACCUCAAGGAGUGCUUCGAGAUGCUCAAGCGGCAACUGCCCACCUGCCAGGAGGAGAAGAAGUGCUCCAACCUGUCCAUCCUGCACGCCGCCAACCGGUACAUCACGGCGCUCAAGCGCAAGGAGCGCGACUACGAGCACGAGAUGGAGCGGCUGGCGCGCGAGAAGAUCUCGGCGCAGCAGCGGCUGGCCGCGCUCAAGAAGGACCUGGCCGCGCAGUGGGACCACAUUGACAUCAACGCGCUGUACCCCGACUGCAGCGACGCGGCCCUGGCCGAGAUGAGCGCCAGGGUGCGCCUGCCGUCGCCCGCCUCCACGUCCACCGCCUCGGCCGAGAUGGAGGGCGGCAUGAUCAUCGACGAGGACGAGGACGAGGACGACGACGACGACACCAUGUCGUUCCACAGCGGGCGGCAGCGCAGCGCGUCGGACAGCAGCAGCGCCCUGCCCAGUGUGGGGCCCUACUGCAGCCCGCAGCCGCAGGCCGUGCAGGCCGUGCCCAACCCCCGGGACGUGCACGGCUACCGCGGCGAGAGCCCCAUCCCCAGACCCCGCACCGUGUCCCCGGUGGUACCCGUCAGGACGGGCGUUUCCGGCGUCACCCCCAACGGCCACGUGCUGGACGCGCGGCUAGAAGCGCGGCACGAUUCGCGGCUAGAUUCGCGGCUGGACUCGCGGCUGGACUCGCGGCUGGACACCCGACCAGACGCGAGGUUAGACUCGGGCGCCUACAAAAUAGCCAGCCUGGAGAGUCGCGGCCACGGCGCGCCGGCGUCCGCACCCUCCAGCGGCUACAUCCCCGCCAAGCUGCUCAACAACUACAGCAUCAAGGUGGCGUCCCCCGCCACCAGUUCGUCCUCCAGUCCCCCGGGACACCUCGGCCCGGGUCCCGCACCGAGCUCUGGGCUGGGCGUGGCAGUCGGCGUGGUGUCCAGAGUGCCCAGCUCCCCCGUGGGGACGCUCACCACCCUGCCGGGCUCCACGCCGUCGCGGGGGCGCGCGUCACCGCCACACCGGCACAGCCGGACCAGUCCGCCCGCCACCACCACCACGAGCACUUUGCUGCAGCCCAUGACGCUCGCGUCGCAUCACAUCCAGUUGCCCGCGCAGGUCGUCAACAACGGCCGCUGGCUGGGCGUCAGUCCCGCCAUCCUGCAGAUCGCCACGCCGCCCAACCAGAGACUGGCGGUGCUGGAGCCCGCCGCCCUAGCGCAGCACGCGCAGCACGCGCAGCACGCCACGAGCAACGGCGCGACCUCGCUGGUGACGCACCAAAGGGUGCGGGAGAUGGGCGGUGCGGGGCCCGUGCCCGGUGCACCCUUGGGGGCACCCUUGGGGGCGCUGGGGUCCGCGGCCGCGGCCGCCAUCAGCGUUCCGGCGGGCCACACCGGCAAGGUGAUGGUCGGCGCCACCGGCAUCGCCACCGUCGUCGGCACCAACGAGAUGUUCCACAAGACGACGGCGGCCAGCUCCCCCGAUGGCAUCAGGCCGGCCACGGACCUCCCUCUCGCGCAUGGCGUGCCGCACGGCGUGCCACACGGCGUGCUGUGCAACGGCAAGGGGCUGCAGCUUGGCAACGAAACCAACGGGCACCUUCUGACCGCGGCGGUCCACCCGGGCUCCGCCUCCAUCCCCACGCACGUGACCCACGUCGUUACCACUCACCCCUCACUCUCGCCGCUGGUCACCCCGGUCACCGUCAUGUCGCAGGGCAGUCCCGUCACACAUAUCCUUGCCACCAGCCCCAUCGGCAAGAUGGCACCGCUGAUCAAGACUGUGCCUAUUGUCAACCCUCAGUACCUUAGUGCCGUUGUCAAACCUACAAUGGUGGUGGUUAGUUCCGCAUCGAAUCUUCCACCGAACUCGGGAAUCUGAGUUUCCGACAGUGUAUUCUGUAGUACAAAAUGGAGAAGAAAUACUGACUUUAAUUCCACCAUAUGAAGUUGUUUUGUGAUGUUUUUCUGUGCUUGGCUGUCUGAUAAACAUCGAGAGUGGCGUCCUCUACAGCAAGACCUUGCUGUAGACGAGUCUUAGACAUUCACACAAAUUGUUGUGAAGUGAUUAGCUUAAGCGUUCUGUGAGAUUAAUAGGUAGAUUACCUUCAAGGCCCAUCAUCAUACUGCAGCAGGCUCUGCAUUUAUGAUAGGUUACUUGUUAGCAGGUCUCAUUCUGGCUGUGAAUAAUGCUGUUCGGUUGCAAACAUUUUUUGAGUCAAACUCUAAAACUUUCUGCAUGAGUUGUCUUCCUUACUGUGCAAGACAGUUAAAACUGAAGUGUGCUAGAUGUGUCCUAUAUUAUUGAACGAACUAGGAAUGUUCCUCUUUGGUGUUAGUUGAAGUGAAAUCUUGUGUCUUUGACAGCUUGUAAGGUACCCUCACUGCCUUUGUAAAAAAAAUAAUAGAGGGCUGUAAAGAUUAUUAACUCGUGCAAAACAACCAACUGUGAAAGUGAAAAAUCAUUUAACUGAAAUGACCAGUAAGUCCUAUCUCAAUAACCCAUACAUAACAAUGUAUAUACUCUGUAAGGGAGUUCAUACUACUGCAGUUUGUUUACUUGUCAUUUCUCCAUCUUCAAAAACUGGCAUGCUCUUGAGACCUUAGACAUAAAUACUAGUGAGAGAAAAAAAAUAAUAGUCAAUUAUUCAAAUUUUAUUAAAAUUAAAGUACAAUCAUUUGGGUGCUCUGUUUUUAUACCAGAAAAUUAUUUAAAAUGGAACUGACACUUAUUUAAGUCAACACCAAUGGUAAGGUUUUCUUAAAGUACUCAACUAGACAUCAAUUCUUCUUCCUCUUUACCGAUUGUGUAACUGUAUCUUUGCUCUCCUGAAACCAGUGCUCCUGAGUUGUAACUAUCUUAAUUUUAAUGAAAAGCAAUUGCUUCAAUCUUUAGUAUUAUUAAUAUAUUUUGUCUGAUGUCAAGAAUAUUUCGAACUUAGGGGUAGAAGGUAGCAAAACGUCGCAGAGGCAUAUUUAUUGUUGUUUGUUAUGUGUUAUAAGGUGUCUUGUGUAUCCGCUGGUGGUAGUUUCUUUGUACAAGACUCUAUAACAUAAUGAUUUCUUUCCCUCUCAGCAUUCACUCACACUCUUGGCCUCAAUAUUUGAUCAACAACAAAAACCCUUGUGAGGAAAAUAUUUGGUCUUCUAUUUUAUAAUUUGAGGAGCACCAAUCAAAAUAAUUAUAAUUUUCUGACGAACUUUUUAUGACAAGAAAAUUUUAUCCUGCUUUGUCUUCCAAAUAGCUUGGAUACACAAGUUUUAUUUUGUGAGCAGCCUCUGCACUUUCGUUAAGGUCAGUUGAUUUCUUUCAAUCAAUCUCAUACUUUCAUGAGGUGGAAUGAAUGCUGUCCAUUUCAUAUGGUAAAAUCUUAGAUUUGUGCUUUCAGUGCAUCAUUACUUAUAUUCACUGGUAGUUACACUCUGAUUUUGAUGGAAGUAUUUUGAUGAAAUAUGAUUAUGAACUGAAGGCAACAGAAUCAAUUGACUUGCUUGACUGGAUGUGUAAAACUUACUGAGAUGAAAUAUGCCUGAAUCAAAUAAAGAGAGCAAUUUACUUAAUGUAUUGAGCUUAGAAUCUCACUAGAAACAAUCUUUUUUUCUGUAUGGAGAGGUAGUGGUUUUUGAUGUUGUUAAGCUGCAGAAACUCAAAUAUUUCAGAACAAUGGCUGUGAUAGAUAAUUAAAAGACCCUGAAAUAAUUGGAAUCUGUUAAAUCUUAGUUUCACUUUUGACCCCAAAUCACUGUGAGCAAAAGAAAAAAGGCACAUUAGCUUUUUGUUGAGUUAGCAGCCAAACAUUCAAACAUUUCUUUAUACUGCUGUGAAAAGGUGCCACAGCAGUUGUAAUUCAGAGAGCUAUCAACAUAUAUUUAUUCAAACAUAUUGUAGCUUAUUGUUGCAACAACAAAAAAUAUUGUGUUUGUAAACUGAAAACUAAAGCUAAUAUUCUACUAGUCUUCUUUUUAAACUGUGCAUCUUCUGUCGCUGCAGUGAAGUCAGAAAAUGGCACUUGUCGAUUGUGCACUUACCUAUGUUUUUCUUCAGCUUCAUAUGCAGAGCUAUGUAAAAUCGGAAUGAAUGUGGUUGCACAAAGAAGCUGUGUAUAAUUGCCAGAUGUAUUUAUAUUUUCAGAAGGUUUGUGAAAAGUGUGCGGUUUAAGAGCAUGAUUAGGGAAAACAAAUGAUAGUAUCCACAGGAGUGCUGGAGGUAUGUAACAAGUUUUUGUCAAGGCCACAGGGGGGAGCACAAGUUUUAAGUUGGUUGUAAAUAAGUCAAAUAAUUAAUGUAAAUACGGUGUUAAUUAUCUUUUUAUUCUACCCUCUGUUACAUAUUAAAUACUGUUGUAAAGUGUAAUUUAAUGAUUGUAAAUAGUGGAGAAAUUACAAAUAAAAACCUUCUCAGAAUAA